UUUUAGUUUGACGCUGGUUAUUUUUCAGCACAGCAUGCAGUUUCAAUUCCCGGACAGCUCUUUACCACAGCAUCACAGAAGGGAGGGGAAAACGUCGGACAAUUGAGACAGACAGCUUGCGGUGACUAAGGAGCUCAGGCGGAAGGAUCUGUGGUUAACAUCAAAACCAACAGAGCCAGUAGGCAAAAUACUAUGUUAUCAUUAUUUACCUGUGCGGGUGCAUGUUAGCUGGACUGUGCGUUUUGUUUAUUUUAGAUUUUUCUAUACUGAUGCUUGGAUAGGUUCAAGUUCGUCUCUGUAAACCCUGAUUAUAGGUGCUUGUGUCGAGAUCCAGAGCGAAUGAUGCUUGAUUACUCUGAUUUUUUUUCUUUUUUGUUGGAUCUCCGAUGAUCUCGAGACAUGCAGUUCUACAACGAACUGAUCAGACGAAUCUCCGCUCUGUUCCCAACAACUCAGGGUGCCAAGCUUCUCCCAAGGUAGGACCUCUUCUGUAGGCCUGUUCCUGCCUCCCAGCAGCCAUGGAACCCCUCCCUGAGUACUCUAUGUUCAUGGUCCGCAUCCUGGAUGAGCUGGACGCCAAGCACAACAUCAUUUCCUACCAGGACCUGUGCAAGUCCCUGUGCACUCGCUUCGACCUAGUGCAACUGGUCAAGCUCCGCAGCCUGCUCUUUUACACGGCAUGCCUGGAUCCAGCCUUUCCAGCCACCCUCUUCAAGGACAAGAUGCGCUGCUCCAUGGAGGACCCGCAAUCCAAGAAGCUCAUGGUGGCAGCAGACAUUGUCACCAUGUUCAACUUGAUCCAGAUGAAUGGAGGCAUAGCCAAAGACAAGCUCCCCAUAGUGCAUAGAGCCAAGUUCCACAAGAACCAGUCGGUGGAGCUGUGCAGUUCUGACAGUAAUGACCAUACAUUUCAGGACUGUGAAAGAGGGCUUAGUUAUGAGCACAUGGCUCACCCCAGGGAUGAUCAUCAUCACCACCACCACCACCACCAUCAUCACCGCCCGAAGCAGCACCCUGCAGCUCAGAGCGCCCCUCCCUGUCCUAAAACAUCUGAGUGCAACAACUGCCAGAAGUUUAUUCCAACCUCGGACCCUAACUUUCUUCUGGGAGUCAGCAAGGACCUGAAAUGUACAGCAGGCUCUCUGGACAAGCUGCACCAUCUGCCCCAGUACUCCAGUGGUAGUCCACAAUCUCCAUCCUGUGAAAUGCAGAGCACCUACUUUCCCAUGGACAUUGACAGCGAGUCCAACACCGACCAGGAGUCCCUGCAGCCCCUCAGCCAUCCAGAGACCUUCUCUGUUCACUCUUGCAUCCAAAAGAGGAACAUAUUUAAGGAGGACUUCCACAACUUUGUGUCCUUCUCACCACAGGUGAUCACCACUGAGGAAAAACAGGGACGGAAGGCUGCUGACGGCUACCACCGGAGGGAACUGCACAAGCCUGCUACAUUCUUUAACCACAGCUUUGAAUUACCCUACAAUAACCCCUACUUUGAGCCGACAUUUAACUCCCCUCUUCAAGACAGACGAAGGGUGAAGCACGAGAGCCUGGACGACUUACAGGCAUCCACAUACUUUGGUCCGACCACAGUCUCUGAGUGCGUUAGCAGCAGGAAGUACAGUAACAAAGCAAGGAAGCAGCCAGCGUGGCCGGUAAAGAGCCUUAGUCUCAACACAGAAGAUGGGCCUUCAGACUUUGAGAGGUCAUUUCUGAACAGCAAACCACUUAAAGAAAACCACCACCGCAAUGUCAACAUCAUAAGCACUGACAACGAGCAGCAUUUUCAGAGCUCAAAGGAAAAGGUAGUAGCUUCUCCAUGUGGCUUUGCAAAGAAAACUAAUGGAAUAAAAAACAAGGAUGUAGCACUGAUAGUAAGUGGGUCUGCGGGUUUGGAGAAAAGAGACACAGCCAAAAGAUUUAAGGACAAAAAUAUGAACAGUCUAUCCUUUCAGAAAGUGGACAGCUCCUCUAGUGUUGGGACUCAAACAGAGCAGCCUGAGCAGAAAAAGGUAAAGGAAUACCCAGCUAAGUACAGUGAAAGAGAAAGUCAUGCCUUCAAACACUGUGAUGAGGACUCUGAGGUCAUUAGUGAUGACAUAAGUGACAUUUUUCGUUUUCUGGAUGAUAUGAGUGUUUGUGACUCUUUGGGCCUUGUCCAAUCGUCAUGCUACAACAGUAAUGGGUCUCUCUCUCAGGUAACGCUAAAAUCUGAAGGCGACAGCUCCCCUGAACGCAACACGGUCAAACUAGCCAAGUCCAAGCUGGAUCGCCUCUUCCAUUCGCUGGAAAACACAGACGAUGAGCUCAAAUUGAGUGUGUGCAAGCUGGUUAUGAGGAUUGGUGAGAUCGAAAAGAAGCUAGAGUCUUUGUCAGAGGUUCGCAGUGAGAUCUCCCAGGUGCUCUCCAAACUCAAUAAGCUGGACGAGAAGAUCCAGGAGCCUGAGGCCAAUGGGAGACACGGGAAGACGGCGUCUGGAUCUGGAUCCACUGCCACCCCCGACAAGCCACAGCCCCACCUUCAUCCACAUCCCGACACCACCCUCUCACCUUGUGUUUUCCAGUGCCACACCACCGGUCACAAUGUUAAAAUGGACAAUGGCACUUCAGGGGAGUGGUGCUGCUCCGAUGGGAGUACCAGCGAUAGCCUCAGGGUAAAAGCUCUAAAGAAGACCAUGUUCAUCAGGAGGUCGUCCCGCUCACUCAACGAGGAGAACAGUGCCAUUGAUUCAAAGGUCGCCAGCAUCACCAACUCUACACGAGACUGGAGGACAGUCUCCUACUCUUGCCACCCUGAAGACGAGGACAAGGACCGAGACAGCAAGGGCAGACACCGGAAGGCUAAAGAGGUAAAUACACUUUUAAAUUCACUUUUAAAUCAGACAGUAUUUCACAUAUGUAGAAACUAAAGCAUGGCUUUAGUAAAUGGAAUAAUUAAAUAGAACAGAUGCAGUACAUUACAUAAUAGAGGUGUCAAAUAUAGACAAUUGCUUAUACUGUAUGGAAACACAAAGACAAAAAAUCAAAGUGAAAAAAACUCAGUGGGAAAGGAGAGCAUAUAGGAUGGAGAGCAUUGUUGUUUUCUGCACACGUGCCACAUGAUGGUUCGCAUACACAGUGGCACAACCACACCAUGAAUGUUGCGCACACAGCGGCCGCUGCAGCCCAUACGUUAGCAAGUGUGUGGUGGAGAGAGAGAGGGAAAAAAAGAGUAAGUGCUGAGUUUGUUGGAGUAUGAAGUUAGCAGUAACUGCUUUAGCAGCUUUGAAGCUGUGAAUGUUGAUCUUUUUAACUCUAACCAUAAAUUAUUCGCAAAAGGUCAUUAGCAAAUGAAGCAAAAGCCUUACUCUUUGCAUUUGAAGAUAAAUUGUGCUUACAUUUGUGAUGGUGAUAAUGAGAUAUUAGUGGGGGUUAGUGAAGUGGGGGAGAAAUUAUCUAAUCUAAUGUGUUGAUGGACAGGAGGAGUAGGAGUGAGGCAUAUAGAUACAAUCUUUUAUCACUAAAUAUGGAAUUUUAUGUCAUGGUAUUGAUGUAUAUUGUGACAUAUAUGAAAAAGAAAUUGUUGAGAAACUGACCAACAGGACUGUCUGUUUUUGUUGCCAUUAAACGGUCCUGCACAUUGA